AUGUGGCCCGCGCCCGAGGAGGCAGCAGAGGAGGCCAGGAUGAGAGAGGCCAUCGAAGCCAUCGAGUGGCGGCGCCCACCGCCGUUGAACCCGCGCGAUCCGAGGGCCAAGUCGGCGAAACGCGUCGCGGAGACGGCCGAUCGCGAGGGACCGGAGGUGACGCCCGAGGAGGAGAGCGAGGCCCAGGAGGGGCUGGAGAAGGGGCCAUGGGAGUGGCCAUCACGCGGGGCCACCCCCGAAGCUGGCGCGGCAGACUUCGUGCCCGGAGUCGCGAGCCCCAUCGGCGAAGCCGACGCUGCGAAGACAGCAGUCGGAGGGCGCGGAACCGUGGGCGGAGGUUCCGGAGGCGGAGUGGCCGGCGCGGGUGGCCGAAGAAGCGCAACGACAGCGAGGGAGGCAGAGGAAGGCCAGGUGGGCCAAGCUCGUGCUGGAGGAGGGACAGCGCUACCGAGUCAAGGUAGCAGGGGGCCGGGUGCGGGUGUUUAA